AUGAGUCUUUCAGCUAUUCUUCAUACUGACAAUGGGAGUGAAUAUGUUGGAAAUGAUUUUAAAGAAAUGUUAAAUUCUAAUUUGCCAAAAAUUAAAAUAGCUCAUGGUCAUCCUAGAACUUUUUGCCAUCAAGGGCUUGUAGAAAAAGAAAAUAAUAUUCUUCAGAUAAAAUUAGGAGCAUGGAUGAAGAAUACAGAAAAUAACAAUUCUUAUAAUCAAGAAUUGCUCUUAGAAAACUCUGAAAUUAAUGAUAGCACUAGUGAAUUUGAGAAUUCUAAUUUGGAAGAUUCUGAUUCUAGAUAUUCUAAUUUAGAAGACUUUAUAUUAACUUAUUCUAAUUCAACUAAUUUAGAUUUAGAAAAUACUUAUUUAGAAAAUUCUGAAUUCCAAAUUGAGAAUAGUUUUGAAACAAGUAUUUUAGACUCAGAUGACUUUUUAGAAAAUUUAAUACAGAAUAUUAUUAAUAUAAAUAAUACAGAGUCAAUUAAAUUUCUAUGUUAUACUGCUCAACAAAAAGAAAAAUGA